AUGGCGCGGCUUCGAAAAUCAGCUGCCUUCGACUCCGAUAUCGACAUCGCGACAUCUAUCCAGCGCCUCCAAGCUGACAAUGACCCCGACGAGCGCCUCGACCUCUACCGCCGAUUCUGGCAGCACCAUGCCCGCAAUGACACUGCGACCGCCAGCAGCGUGUCGCCUUUUCCGUCCGCAUCUCUCCUCGACGAGCACCUCCCCGUGGAUCUUCACGAUGCACUCGAAAGCACGGCGGGGCUGCAAGUGCAGCACCGGCGCCACAAAGCGCAGAUCCACGCCCUGACCGACCCGCUCCGAUGUCCUUGGUACAAUGAGGAAAUGAAUCGCGGCGGCUUCACUCUGCUGCGAGUCUACGCGGUGUUUGGCGACGCCAUCUCCAGCUACACGUUCCUCUCAGGUCUACGAGACCUCGCAAAUAUCCCCGGCUUGACGUUUGCGGAGGGUACGAGGCGGAUUUAUGAGAAGGCGGACGGGAGACCGCUGCAGCCAAGACAUGUGCGAGAGGUCAUCGAGGACUUGGAGCAGGAAGGCUUGACGGUCGUGGGAGACAGGAAGAUGGCCAAGUCAUGGAAGGGCGCGCACCAACAGAGCAACAGUACAGCGGACAGCGCGAAGCGUAGCAAGAGGAAAUCACACAGCAUGGACACAUCGACUGAAUUUGACGAGGGCGGCUCCAAGGACAUGACCAUGUGCACCGGGCGCUCGGUGGAGACGGGCAGGCGACAUGUCAAUCCUCACCAGGAUGCAUACGACGAUCCGAGCAGUCUGCAGACAAUAGAUGAAUCGAGUCAGACGCAAGAUAUGGAUGAGCUCAGUCGGGCGAACGAUGCGGAAAAGAGGACAGCGCGUGACAAUUUGGAGGCUUCGGACAGCGCCAAGCAAAACGGUGACUCGACGACCACGAGCUUGUGCGUCACGGGCGGCGGUGCGGAUGGCAUUUCAGACGACGAUGCAGAUAAUGACACAGGGGCUGCGAACGACACUCCAAAUGACGAUUCAGAUGAAAAUACAGUCGAUCCUGUGAAUGAUUUGCCCGAGGACGACUUCUCAGGUGCAGACCCUCCGGGACCAUGGGACGAUAGCGACUCCCCAAAUUUCGACCCCGCGGACGUUGACGGUGAAUCUUCGGAACUCGGCUGCGAAGCUUCUAGAAACGCCGACGCCGACAGCGACCCACCUUCUCUUCGCAGCCACAGCAACAGCCCCAACAUCACCCUUCGCAAACAUCCGCGCCAGCUCGGGAGCAACAACACACACGAGACUUCCUUCCAUCCUACUGCACUCUCCUCCCACCACCUUGUAUCAGACACAUUCGACAAUACCAUCAUGACCAAGCGCACUGCGGCCACUGCCUGCGACACUGACUGCGACAUGCAGCCCCUCAAGCGCCUCUGCCAGGAUGGACAGGCAGGCGCCGACGACGACGUGCCCGACGCAAUCAAAGCCGAUAAUCAUCGCUUCCUUUCACUGUUCGCAGUAUGCCUUGCGCCAUGGGUCCUUCAGGUCGACGACAGCGACACAACCAUCAGCUUUCGCGCGAAGAACGCCGCCGGCGAAGAGGUGCUGGUGCUCUGCCUCGCUUUCCCCACUCACCACUGCUGGGCACUUGUGCAUAUGCUGGACUCAUCCGACUCCACCCUCCACGUGUACCUCCCAGAUGCAUCGAACGUGACUGCAGACGAGAUUGCAGCACGGGUGAAAGAGGAGACCACCGAGACCGAAUCCCUUUUCCAACAAGUCCAGGAGCACACGAUGCCUGGUUUGACGACUCCAAGUGCCGACACUGCCUCUCAACGUCUCUUCAACAUGAACACUGCUGUCGGUGCUUCUGCCUGCGCGCUCUUCACUCUUCUUGAACAAGACUACCCUACCUCCAUCGACACUUCGCUCUGGUCCGAUGCACUGCUCCGCUGCUAUGAGCUUCAGCGAGAGGCGAGCCCCGAGUCGCCAUCUAGUGCGGUCGCCCAGUCGCAGUCCGUAUCGAAGGAUGAGAAGAGCGAGAUUCUGGCUGGCCGAUCCAACAAGUACAGCGCCUUCCAGUCGACCAGUGAGGGACUGCUUGCCGAGAUUGCCGGCGACUUCGACAUCGCGAAGCGCCAUCAAGCCAUUCCAGGCAAGCUCUAUCGUCUCCACGAGGGCCUCACUUCUGCUGUUGAACAAUGCGAGGCUAAGACCUCGGCCACUGUGGACAACGAGGAGAUCAAGUGGCUGGAGGCAAGCCUCAUAAAUGAGUCCAUACCCAAGGCGAUCCGUCAGAGGAACAAAGAGAUGCUGGAGGACAAGAGAGCUGCUAUCGGACAGCAACAAGCACCAGCGGAUGUCUGGAGAAAGCUCGCGCAGGCGAUCAAUUUCAAGCGUAUCCAGGCCCUCGACUUGGGCGACAAGGCCAAGCGCGAUGCGAAGCGGGACCGAGAUGCGUUGGUUUCCAUCAUGCAGAAGCUCUUGGUGAACCUGAGAGAGCUGAAGAUAUGA